AUGGGAUCAUACAAUAAGGAAGAGAGGCAUGAUGGUGUAAUUAUUAGGUACAAAGAGUUUGAGAAGAUUGUGAAGGCAUUCAUAGCUUGCUUGGGGUCAUUUUUGUUAAGCAUGAUAGGUGGGAUGAUGUUGGGUUGGUGGGAGUUGAGGUAUCACCCUACAAAUAGUCAGCUGUGGAUGGUGCCUUUCGGUCUCAUACUCUUUGUUACUCCAAUCAUUGUCUGGCUCUCCGUCUUCAUCUCCGAUGUGUGUAGUUCUAAGGAGCCCAAUCCUUCAAACCAGAUUAAGCUGUCCGUUGUUUCACCGGUAAUAGACCCAGAGAGGGACGAACAAACUCUUUCAAAAUAA